AGGCUUCAGGAUGCAGCUAUGGGCUGUGCUGCCAGCAUUGUUCUGCUUCAAGCCUUUCGUGCUGUGGUACAGAGGAACUGUCCUCAUAUUUGUAGGCGACGACAGGAGGAAUUGUCACAUGAAAUCCUGUCCCUGGAUAAUGAGGAUGAAAUGAGCCGACCCAGAACCCUCAUCAUCAUGCAAGAGAAGCCGAGACUUCUAGAGCCAUUGGAUUAUGAAUCUGUCAUCGCAGAGCUUGAGAAAACAUAUUCCAACGAUCCUCUUAAAGAUCUCAUAUUCUUCCCCAAUGAUGACUUUUCAACAGACACAGUUUCCUGGGAAAUUCGAACACUGUACUCAACUGUGCCAGAAGAUGCAGAGCACAAGGCAGAAAAUUUACUGGUGAAGCAGGCAUGUAAAUUUUACAGUUCCCAGUGGUACGUCGUAAACUACAAAUAUGAACGAUAUGCGGGGGACAUUCGACAUUUGCCACCAACAGAUUUCAGGCCAGAAAAACUUCCUUCACAUUCAUUUGAAGUGGACCAUGAAGAUGCUGACAAAGAUGAGGAUACUACUUCCCACUCAUCCUCAAAAGGAGGUGGAGGAGCAGGAGGAGGAACUGGAGUUUUCAAGUCUGGCUGGCUUUACAAGGGGAAUUUUAACAGCACCAUCAACAAUAGCAUCACUGUUCGGUCUUUCAAAAAACGCUAUUUCCAGCUAACUCAGUUGCCGGACAACUCCUACAUUAUGAAUUUUUACAAAGAUGAGAAAAUCUCCAAAGAACCCAAAGGCUGCAUAUUUUUGGAUUCUUGUACAGGUGUCGUGCAGAACAGCAGACUGAGAAAACACGCUUUUGAAUUGAAAAUGAAUGACCUGACAUAUUUCGUGCUGGCAGCUGAAACAGAGAUGGAUAUGGAUGACUGGAUUCACACACUGAACAAAAUCCUGCAAAUAAAUCCUGAAGGGACCCUUCAGGAAAGGAAGAGUGCUGAUCUCACAGAUCUCAGGCUGGAUGCUGUGGACAUUUCUCUGAAUUGUGAAUGUACUCCAGAGGAAGCUGAUUCUGCAGAGAACAGCAUGCAUCCUGAUUUUACAAAAUACAUGUCUGAAACAGAAGAAACAGUCAAAGUGUCUCGGAACAUGGAGAGGCUAAAUUUAUUCGCACUGGAUCCAGAAAUAGAUGCUUUAAAACUUCAGAAAAGAGAGUUUUCAGGAAAUGACUUGGUGAUCAAACCAUUUGAAGAAGAGGCUGCAAAACGAAUCAUGAUUACAUGUAAAUCCCUCAAUUUAAAUCUUCAAGCCUGUGUGACUGAAAAUGAAAAUGACCCCGUAACCAAUAUUGAACCUUUCUUUGUGAGUCUGGCCCUUUUUGAUACCAAGGACUGUAGAAAGAUUUCUGCAGAUUUUCAUGUGGAUCUCAACCACACCCUUGUUAGGCAGAUGGUUUCAGGGACUUCAGUUACCUUGGAAAAUGGAAACAUCGACUCCGGCAGCCCGAAGCACUCGGAAGAACCUCGGGUGAAGGGAUUUCCAGAACAAUGGCUGAAAUAUCCAAAGCAGGCUGUUUUCUCUGUAAGUAACCCACAUACUGAAAUCGUUUUGGUGGCCAAAAUAGAAAAGGUGCUCAUGGGAAAUAUUGCAAGUGGUGCUGAAGCUUAUAUUAAGAAUCCAGACUCCAAUAAGUGUGCCCAGAAAAUAUUAAAAAUGAACAGACAGUUCUGCAGCAAACUGGGGAAAUACCGGAUGCCAUUUGCUUGGGCCGUGAGAUCCGUGUUCAAGGAUAACCAAGGUAACAUAGACAGAGAUUCGAGAUUCUCUUCAUUAUACAGGCAGGAAAGUAGCAAGAUUUCAACCGAAGACCUGAUAAAAUUAAUAUCUGAAUACAGAAGGGUGGACAAGUUAAGUAAAACACAAACCAUUCCUGGAAGUCUGGAUAUUGGAGUUGACAGUGUCCCUUUGGAUCACCCAAAUUGUGUAACAUCAUCCUUUAUUCCCAUCAAGCCUUUCAAUGUGAUGGAGCAACAUGCACCUACAGUGGAAGUGGAAGAAUUUGUUCACGAUUUGACCAAGUAUUCCCGGCCUUACAGAGCGUACAAAAAUCAAAUUUAUAUCUACCCGAAACACCUCAAGUACGAUAGCCAAAAAUGUUUCAGCAAGGCACGUAAUAUAACUGUGUGUAUUGAGUUCCGAAACUCAGAUGAAGUGGGAGCCAAGCCAGUGAAGUGUAUUUAUGGAAAGCCUGGCGGACCUCUGUUUACUACUGCAGCAUUCACAGCCGUCCUUCACCAUUCACAGAAUCCGGACUUCUCUGACGAGGUGAAAAUUGAGCUGCCAACCCAACUCCAUGAGAAACACCACAUUCUCUUCUCAUUUUAUCAUGUCACCUGUGACAUAAAUGCAAAGGCUAAUGCCAAAAAGAAAGAAGCUCUGGAAACAUCAGUUGGAUAUGCUUGGCUUCCUUUGAUGAAAGGUGAUCAACUAGCAUCUCAAGAACAGACUAUUCCAGUAGCAACUAGUUUGCCUCCUAAUUAUUUGAGUCUUCAAGAUUCUGCAAGUGGAAAGAACAAUGGAAGUGAUAUUAAAUGGGUAGACAGUGGGAAACCACUUUUCAAAGUGUCAACAUUUGUUGUAUCAACAGUAAAUACUCAGGAUUCAAAUGUGAAUACAUUCUUCCAGCAGUGCCAAAAAAGGGAAAAAGAUCUCUCUCAACCACCUACCUCUAAUUUUGUCUUCGCUUGUAAGAAUUUGCUUAAUGUUGAGAAGAUUCAUGCAAUCAUCAGUUUUCUUCCUGUGACUCUGAAUCAGCUGUUUUGGGUUCUAGUACAGAAUGAAGAGGAUGAAAUUACCACAACUGUGACCAGGGUUCUGAGUUUUAUUGUGUCUAAGUGCCAUGAAGAACAGCUAGACCACUGUGUCCAGUCCUACAUAAAGUUUGUGUUCAAGACCAGGUCAUACAAUGAAAGAACUGUCCAUGAGGAACUGGCCAAGAAUAUGACUGGACUUCUGAAAUCUAAUGACUCGACAACAGUGAAGCAUGUUUUGAAGCAUUCUUCGUUCUUCUUUGCAAUUAUCAUAAAGUCAAUGGCCCAGCACUUGGUCGAGACCAAUAAAGUAGAGCUCCCUCGGACUCAAAGGUUUCCUGAAUCAUGCCAACAUGAAUUGGACACCCUUGUGAUGGUUCUGUCCGACCAUGUGAUUUGGAAAUACAAAGACGCCCUUGAAGAAACAAAAAGAGCAAACCAUAGUGUUGCCAGAUUCCUAAAGCACUGCUUUACAUUUAUGGACCGAGGAUUUGUAUUUAAGAUGAUCAACAGUUACAUAAGUAUGUUUUCUCCAAGUGAUCCAAAGAUCCUGUGCCAGUACAAAUUUGAUUUUCUUCAAGAAAUAUGCUAUCAUGAACAUUUUAUUCCACUGUGUCUCCCUAUCCAUUCAGCAAACAUUCCAGACCCUCUGACACCUUCAGAAUCAACACAAGAGUGGCACGCAUCGGAUAUGCCUGAAUAUACAGUCACAAAUGAAUUUUGCCGUAAACACUUCCUGAUUGGAAUACUGCUCCGCGAGAUUGGCUUUGCCCUUCAGGAAGACCAGGAUAUCAGACAUUUAGCUUUAGCUGUUCUUAAAAACCUAAUGGCCAAGCAUUCAUGCGAUGAUCGGUAUUCAGAAACAGAAAAACAGGCACAAAUAGCUACCUUGUAUAUGCCUGUCUAUGGCAUAAUUCUGGAUAACAUGCCAAGAAUUUACAUGAAGGACCUAUUUCCUUUCACAGUGAAUACGUCUAAUCAGGGCUCCAGAGAUGAUUUGAGUACCAAUGGAGGAUUUCAGAAUCAGACAGCUAUGAAGCAUGCAAACUCAGUGGAUACAUCAUUUUCUAAAGAUGUUUUGAAUUCUAUAGCAGCUUUUUCAUCAAUAGCUAUUUCUACAGUGAACCAUGCGGACUCCAGAGCUUCCUUAGCAAGCCUUGACUCCAACCCUAGUGCCAGUGAAAAAAGCAGCGAGAAAACUGACAACUGUGAAAAGAUUCCAAGGCCCUUGUCUUUGAUAGGAUCAACUCUUCGAUUUGACAAGUUAGAUCAAGCAGAAACCAGGAGCCUCCUUAUGUGUUUUCUUCACAUUAUGAAGACCAUUUCUGAAGAAACAUUGAUUUCCUACUGGCAAAGAGCACCGAGCUCAGAGAUUUCAGAUUUCUUCAGCAUCUUAGAUGUUUGCCUUCAAAAUUUCAGAUACUUAGGAAAAAGAAAUAUUAUAAGAAAAAUUGCUGCUGCAUUUAAAGUUGUUCAGGCUACCCAGAACAAUGGAACUCUUAAAGGGUCCAAUUCCUCCUUUCAGACCACAGGUCUCCUGCCACAAUGGAUGCAUUCUACUGCCAGUCACGAGGGACAUAAGCACCACAGAUCUCAAACAUUACCUAUAAUUCGUAGCAAAAAUGCACUCUCUAACCCCAAGCUCUUACAGAUGUUAGAUAGCACCAUGACCAGCAAUUCCAAUGAAAUAGACAUUGUGCACCAUGUAGAUAUUGAGGCCAAUAUUGCCACAGAGGUUUGUCUCACCGUUCUGGACCUACUGUGUCUCUACACUCAGUUACACCAGAGACAACUUCAGCAUUCUGAUCAUCAGAAUCCAUCGUUAAAAAGGGUCUUUGACACUUACUUGCUGUUUUUACAAGUCAAUCAGUCAUCGGUAGCCCUGAAGCAUGUUUUUGCAGCCUUGCGGUUGUUUGUAGGCAAGUUUCCUUCAGCCUUCUUCCAAGGACAGGCCGACCUCUGCGGGUCAUUCUGCUACGAAGUCCUAAAGUGCUGCAACCACAGAUCACGGUCCACUCAGACGGAAGCUUCAGCCCUCCUGUAUUUUUUUAUGAGGAAGAACUUCGAAUUUAACAAGCAGAAAUCAAUAGUCAGGUCCCACUUGCAGCUCAUCAAGGCUGUAAGUCAGCUGAUUGCUGAUGCAGGAAUUGGAGGAUCUCGGUUUCAGCAUUCCCUUGCAAUUACCAAUAACUUUGCUAAUGGAGACAAACAAAUGAAAAGUAAUAAUUUCCCAGCCGAGGUGAAGGACCUAACGAAACGCAUAAGGACAGUUCUGAUGGCCACGGCUCAGAUGAAAGAACACGAGAAAGAUCCAGAGAUGCUGGUGGACCUCCAGUACAGCCUUGCAAAUUCCUACGCAAGCACCCCUGAACUCCGACGGACAUGGCUUGAAAGUAUGGCCAAGAUACAUGCAAGAAAUGGAGAUUUAUCUGAGGCUGCUAUGUGUUAUAUCCAUAUAGCUGCCCUCAUUGCAGAAUACCUGAAAAGAAAGGGUUACUGGAAAAUGGAAAAGAUUUGCACAUCAACUGUGUUCCUGGAAGAUGCUCACAUCUGUGAUAGCAAUCAGUUACUAACAACUCACAAUGGAGGAAGUUUAUUCUCCAUGGGCUGGCCUGCUUUUCUGAGCAUUACCCCAAACAUUAAAGAAGAAGGAGCAAUGAAGGAAGAUUCAGGAAUGCAGGAUACCCCAUACAACGAGAACAUCCUGGUCGAGCAGCUGUACAUGUGUGUUGAGUAUCUUUGGAAGUCUGAAAGGUAUGAGCUCAUUGCUGAUGUCAACAAACCCAUCAUUGCAGUCUUCGAGAAGCAAAGAGAUUUCAAAAAGCUCUCCGAUCUUUACUACGACAUCCAUCGGUCCUACCUGAAGGUUGCAGAAGUGGUGAAUUCAGAGAAGCGGCUGUUUGGGCGUUAUUACCGGGUGGCAUUUUAUGGGCAGGCUGUGGGCUUUUUUGAAGAGGAGGAAGGUAAAGAAUACAUCUAUAAAGAGCCUAAACUGACAGGGCUGUCUGAGAUUUCGCAAAGACUGCUGAAACUCUAUGCAGAUAAAUUUGGAGCAGAUAAUGUGAAGAUAAUCCAGGAUUCCAACAAGGUGAACCCCAAGGAUUUGGAUCCAAAAUUGGCCUAUAUCCAAGUGACCUACGUUACGCCUUUCUUUGAGGAGAAGGAAGCUGAAGACCGAAUGACUGACUUUGAAAUGCAUCACAACAUCAACCGCUUUGUGUUCGAAACUCCUUUUACACUCUCGGGCAAGAAACAUGGAGGAGUAGAGGAGCAAUGCAAGAGACGAACGAUUUUGACAACAAGCCACCUAUUCCCCUAUGUGAAGAAGAGAAUACAAGUCAUUAACCAGAUGAGUACGGAACUCAACCCUAUUGAGGUAGCAAUAGACGAGAUGACCAACAAAGUUGCUGAACUUAAACGGCUUUGUACAAUGGAAGAAGUCGACAUGAUCAGACUACAACUCAAACUUCAGGGAAGUGUCAGUGUGAAGGUAAACGCUGGGCCAAUGGCUUAUGCCCGAGCUUUUCUUGAAGAAACAAAUGCAAAGAAAUACCCUGAUAAUCAAGUAAAACUUUUGAAGGGAAUUUUCAGGCAAUUUGCAGAGACCUGUGGAUGUGCUCUUGGUGUGAAUGAGCGUUUAAUUAAAGAAGACCAACUAGAAUAUCAAGAAGAAAUGAAGUCUCAUUAUAACGACAUGCUCCAUGAACUCUCCGCGAUCAUGAAUGAGCAGAUUUCUUGCAAGGAGGACCUAUCAAAGCACAGAGUGGACCCAUCUUAUACUGGAGCAAUCAGUAGAACAAGCACAACGAUGCAUGGUACAUCAGUUUCAUCCAGCACCGACAUAUGAUGGAAAUUUCAGAGAUAUUAGACUGAACUCUACAGGACUUUUAGAACUUUAAGCUGAUCAUCAAAUAUCAUGGUGAACUAGGAGAAACGAAGGUGAUUUUAAUUUAUUUCAACUCUUCACAGUGUUAAUAUUUUUUACAUUGCUAGCUUGAGAAUUUCGCUUGUCCCAGUAUUUGCACUUUUCCUCUGGUAUUUGUUACUGAGCGAUGUUUAUGAAGCCAGGCUGAAUAUGUGCUAUGAAUUCCCAUGAAUGUGUAGUUUAACAGCAAGCCGUAAGUUUGCUGUAAAUUAUACGUAUAUGUAUCAAAUACUGGGUCCUAGUACACAUAUUUUAAAGGUAAAAGUGAAUGUUUUAUAACAGUUAAGCAUAUUUCGAUUGUAAAUAGAAGAUGUGUAAAAUAUGUCAUUUUUACAAAAUUUAAAAGAACCUUUUUAGUUAAUACUUAGGACAAUACUAAAAUAUACGGAUAACAUUUCAAAUACAACUAUAUUAAAAUAUUUGUGUAUGUGUACAAAAAUAUGGAAUUUUUUUUUUACGUUUGGUCACUUUAUUGUAACAUAUAUGCCCAGAGCAACAGUGAGUGAUUAAAUGACCUUGGAAUUUGUUUGUUAAUGCAAAUAAAAAUACCCGUCCUUUG